AUGUAUAAAAUGGAAUAUUCUUACCUCAAUUCCUCUGCCUACGAGUCCUGUAUGGCUGGGAUGGACACCUCGAGCCUGGCUUCAGCCUAUGCUGACUUCAGUUCCUGCAGCCAGGCCAGUGGCUUCCAGUAUAACCCGAUAAGGACCACUUUUGGGGCCACGUCCGGCUGCCCGUCCCUCACGCCGGGAUCCUGCAGCCUCGGCACCCUCAGGGACCACCAGAGCAGUCCGUACGCCGCAGUUCCUUACAAACUCUUCACCGACCACGGCGGCCUCAACGAAAAGCGCAAGCAGCGGCGCAUCCGCACCACUUUCACUAGCGCGCAGCUCAAAGAGCUGGAGAGGGUCUUCGCAGAGACGCACUACCCUGACAUCUACACCCGGGAGGAGCUGGCUCUGAAGAUCGACCUCACCGAGGCGCGAGUCCAGGUGUGGUUCCAGAACCGCCGCGCCAAGUUCCGCAAGCAGGAGCGGGCAGCAGCGGCCGCCGCGGCCGCGGCCAAGAACGGCUCUUCGGGAAAGAAGUCCGAUUCGUCCCGGGACGACGAGAGCAAAGAGGCCAAGAGUACCGACCCGGACAGCACUGGGGGCCCCGGCCCCAACCCCAACCCCACUCCCAGCUGCGGGGCGAGUGGCGGCGGCGGCGGCGGGCCCAGCCCGGCAGGAGCGCCGGGUGCUGCGGGGCCCGGGGGCCCGGGAGGUGAACCCGGCAACGCGGAGGCGGCGGCGGCGGCUGCGGCGGCGGCUGCCGCGGCGGCGGCAGGCGUGACCGGGGGUCUGGCUGCAGCCGGGGCCCCUGGACGAGGCUGCUCCUGGCCCAGGCCCAUCACCUCCAUCCUGAUUCUUCGGGGGCCCUUCGCCAGUGCAUCUUCGCUCCAAAGACCAACGUGCCAAGCCUUAGUGAAGAGCAGUAUGUUCUGA